UCUCAUUCCAUUUCAACCCAACUCUCCAUUCGUUACAGCAAAAUACCACCUCCAAAAAAAAAAAAAAAUCUUCACUCGCAUUGGAAAAAAAAAAAAAAAAGAAUAGAAGAAGCUGCAGUUUAUCAGUAGAGAUGAAGAUGAGCAGUGCUACCAUGGGAAGCUCAAAGAGAAGGAUUUCUAGCAGAGGUCUCGGAGCUGCCCUUAGAGAGCAAAGGGCUAGGCUUUAUAUUAUAAGGAGAUGUGUGGUCAUGCUCCUUUGUUGGCAUGACUAGCAAGCUAGCUAGCCAAGGAAGAAGAUACACCAUUUUCCUUAUUUCUUUUCCUUGGUGGAGUAGUCAGUAGUGUUGUGUAAAUAUCUGCGGCAGGAUAUUCAUAAUGUUACCGGAGCUAUAUUCUCAACAAAUUUUGCUGUUGUGUUUCCCUUAUAAUUUGUAUACACAUCAAUCGGAUAGUAUUAAUUAAUUAAAACUACUUCUAUAUUAUCUCACAA